CGUGUCCUGAAGAACCAGGAAAUGCGCAUCAAGUUUCCGGACAAUGCGGAAAAGUUCAUGGAAAGCGAGAUAGAGUUAAACGACGCGAUCCAGGAGUUGCACUCCGUGGCCACCGUGCCCGAUCUGUACCCGUUGCUGGUCGAGCUGAACGGGGUGGCCAGUUUGCUGGAGUUGCUGUCGCAUCAGAACUCCGACAUCAGCGUGGCGGUGGUGGACCUACUGCAGGAACUGACCGAUGUCGACAUCCUGCACGAAAGCUUGGACGGUGCGGAAACGCUCAUCGAAGCGCUACGCAGCCAGCAGGCGGCCGGUUUGUUGGUGCAAAAUCUCGAACGCCUACAGGAAACAGUCAAGGAGGAAGCGGACGGAGUGCACAACACAUUGGCCAUAUUCGAGAAUCUUAUCGAAAUCCGGCCAGAGAUAGCGAAGGAGGUGGCCGAGCAGGGUCUGCUGCAGUGGAUACUGAAGCGUCUCCGUGCCAAAAUGCCGUUCGAUGCAAAUAAGCUGUACUGUAGCGAAAUUCUGUCGAUUCUGGUGCAAAACACGAACGUAAAUCGGAUCAUGCUGGGCAGUAUCGACGGUAUCGACGUGUUGCUGCAGCAGCUGGCCGCCUACAAACGGCACGAUCCAGCUUCGGCCGAGGAGCAGGAGUUUAUGGAGAACCUGUUCAAUAGCCUCUGCUCUGCGCUGAUGGCUCGUGAAAAUCGCGAAAAAUUCCUCAAGGGCGAGGGUUUGCAGCUCAUGAAUCUAAUGCUGCGCGAAAAGAAACUCUCACGGAAUGGGUCGCUGAAGGUGCUUGACCACGCCAUGUCUGGCCCGGAUGGACGGGAUAAUUGUAACAAGUUUGUCGACAUUCUUGGUCUGCGCACGAUCUUUCCACUGUUUAUGAAAACCCCGAAGCGGAACAAGAAUCGAUUGCUUGGGGCGGAUGAGCACGAGGAACACAUCGUGUCGAUCAUCGCAAGCAUGCUGCACAAUUGCAAAGGUUCGCAGCGCCAGCGGUUGUUGGCCAAGUUCACCGAGAACGAUUACGAAAAGAUCGAGCGGCUAAUGGAGCUGCACCGGAAGUACCUCGAAAAGGUGGAAGCCUUGGAUCGGGAGAUCGAUCAGCAGAUGCGCACCGAGGACGACGACGAGGAGCCAGAUGAUGAUGCCAUCUACGUGAAGCGCUUAUCGGGCGGACUGUUUACGCUGCAGCUGAUCGACUAUGUUGUGCUCGAGAUCAGCUGCACGGAGGUGGUGAAGCAGCGCGUGCUGAAGAUCCUCAACCUGCACCACGGUUCGAUGAAGACGAUUCGCCACGUUAUGCGCGAAUAUGCCGGCAACCUUGGCGACGCAAGCGACAGUGACUGGCGUGAGCAAGAGCAAGCCCACAUAUUGCAGCUCAUCGAUCGCUUCUAAGUUAGAGGGGGUUGAAGAGAG